GUACCUUUGCGCGCUUGUUCCCUCCCUUGCGCACCUCAUGGGCAAAUGUUGUCUCUCUCGCUUAUUCCUCACACGCUCAUUGAGCGCCUUUCCCUCUUCCCACCCACUCAGCCAGUGAUGCUCCUUGCACGACGCCUCGCCCGUCACCACCGAGCCAUCGGGCCUUAGUCUAUCAAUCUCUUGCUCUCUCGCCUGUUGCGCCUUCUCAUUAGUUCAUCUCGUGCGUUGGCUUAUUCUCGACCGAUCUCGCUUGUACUGGAACAGCUCAAGGUCAUCCUCAAUGCUUGGCUACCUCAUCAAGCUUGUGUUCUCGAGCCUGGUCUUUGUGCCGCCCGCUCACCAUGUCUCGCUUCUCGCCUCGACCGCUGCAAUGCAACUGCGUAGCUUAGCUUACCCUGUGCCUCUCAUCUGUCUUGUCUUCUCGUCUGAGGCGUACGAAGACACUCCUGCCAGCUCAAACAGCUGCCGCCCCGACCUCUACUCGGAAGACCACCGUCUCUUCUCGCCAACAAGGGUUCGUGUGUGGAUCAGCUUCACACACUCCAUCGUUGGCAUUGCCCUGCCCACUCAGACCUUCACACCCCUGGCUUCUCAAACGCCCUCACCCUCUGCCCUGUUCAUCGCCGAACAUCCUUUCGCUUGUGGUCGACUCAUCUUACCGUGAUUUCAUGCACAUACCUGGUGCGCUACCAUCAUCAUCCUCAUCAUCCGGCCCGGAUGAGAUAAGCGAAUACUCCCCGUAAACCUC